UUACGCUCGACUUUUUGGCGCUGUAGGCGCUAUGGCGCUAUGUUACGUUCGCUGUUAAUUUGGCUGUGUUUGAUGUGCUGAUGAUGGCUGCUUAAUAUCGUAAUGAUAUUGUAGGAGGUACAGUAAUGCAGUCAUUAUGGCAAUUAAUUUUUGCCUGCCUAUUUACAAACCAAUAAUAACAUCUUCAACUGUCUCUGCUGAUAGUUAUGAGAUAUGCAAUUUGAUCAGCGGAGAUUUCAGAAGAUCUCACCAAGGCUUUGUCGCUGAGAGUUUCAUUAGGCCUCCAAUUACUGUAACAUUGGAAUUUCUUUGCAACAUUUCAAUACAGAGUAUAGUUAUAGCGCCCUCUGUUGGCCGACAAAGGUCUUCAUCGUUUGAAAUAUACACAAAAUCCAUUCCAAGCCAUAGGAGAUUGUUACCAAACCUUGACCUUUGUGUCAAUCAUCACCAGGCAACAGAUGAAAGCUCAAAAGCAAAUAUGAUUGCCUAUGGUGCUACUGAAGUAUUAGUUGGAAAAGCAUUUUCACAAAAUCCAGAUGUUAAUUUAUUCCGUUUUGAAAACAAGAAAUUCACUGCAAGACAGCCAUUUAUGGAUUGUUCAGCAAAUCAUUCAGGACAUGAAGGAAAUGUAAUCAUAAGAUCAUUACAUCAUCAUCGAAGUAAACCAUUGGCUGAUGUAAGUCACCUGACUGUCCGCAUUGUUCGUGUCCUUGGUGCAACAGUACCAUGUAUUAAAAAGAUUGAAGUGUGGGGGCAGCCUUCCUUUGCAAAUAAUCAAAGUAUUAUUAAUUCGAUUGCAAAGAUAUUCACAAGUUUGAGGGCUCCUAAAGAAGUUCCACAUCAGAAACAAGAGGAUAAAGAUACUCAUCAAGGCACCACUGAAGCUCCAACAACUGACAGUGUUGAGGCUUCCUCUAAGAAUGGAACAGAGUGUCCUGAAGAAUUCAUUGACCCAAUUACACUUGAAGUUAUGGCAUUGCCAGUUUUACUCCCAUCUGGUCACACGGUUGACCAGUCAACUCUGGACCGGUAUGAAAUUUCAAAUGCCCAGUGGGGCCGGCCUAAAACUGACCCCUUUACUGGUGUCCCUUUCUCAGAGACUCUUAAACCUAUACCUCAUGCAAGGCUUAAAACUCAUAUAGAUAAGUUCCUGUUAACAGCAGGGAAAGAGUUUGACACAGUUGCAAGGACUUCUGGGAGGUCCAGUGCUAAUGCAGCUCUCGUUUCUACAAUUGUCGCAGACAAAAAUGUACAGUUGCCGGUAGAGAGAAAGGAACUUAAUAUUCGUUCAAAUGCGAGACAUUCCCUUAAACAGAGUAUACCAAUGCAACAAUGCAAUGCAGAAGAUCGACACAGUAAUCAAGACAUUCUUAACUACCAAUAUUCAGUGCAUAGUUCAAAUGAGCAGCCGAGUGUUUGCAAGGGUGUGUCACGUAAUCUGCAGCCCAAUAUUAGUAGGACCACAAAGAGAAAUUCCAGUGCACAAGAUAUUUGUACCUCUUCAAACAAAAUGAGGAAAACAGGAAAUGCUACCACUCAUGAACAAAAACUAGCAGACAGUUUGGAAGAUGCAAUGAAUAGUAUCCUAGCAACCAGACGCAACUACAGGAAACUUACCAUUCCUAGCUCGGCAGAACCACCGAUCCAAGUUUGUGCAUCUUGCAAGACGAAGCCCGUCACUAGAUCUGUGUUCUACCGUCUUCCGUGUCAACAUCUUAUGUGCAGACAGUGCGUGACACGCGAAGGUAAUAACAAAUGCGCUGCAUGUGGUUUCGGCUUUAACAACUUUGAUAUAGUGAGAGUCCAUGUCAGCUGAUUCUGUGCUGCAUUCCAUGAUGCGAAUCUGUCUAUUGGUACUCAACCAUAGAGUCAUUUGUUCACUGGUCCAAAUCCACUCAUUCUAGCUGUAAUACAAAAGUAUCUAUCCUUUGGAAGAACAAUCAUUCCAUUGAAUAAGACCUCUGACUGUCUCAGUUACGACUUAUCAGUGCUUCCUUUGUUCGCCAUUCACAAGGAUACCUAUACUAAGUAAAAGACUUGCAUGUGACAGACAUUGUACAGUAAUCAUCAUUGAACAAGUACUGUAAUUCUACUUUAUCAAUAUCAGCAAAUAGGUCAGGAAUUUCCCAUUCUUCUGCAUCUAGUUAUUCCAAUAGCAACUCCAUAUUGGGUUAAUAUUACAGCAGUGGGUCAUUAAUAUAUGGAACAACCUGGACAAACUAGAUAAGAAAUUAAAACCUAGUUUUUUUUAUGAUUAAUUCAUUCUAAAUUAUUCAUUAUAACUAAUUCAAUUUAUAAUUGAAAUUGUAACUGUAAAGUGGGUUAAAAGGGCAUGUGUUACAACCUCACAUGCAGCCAAAAUGGAUAUUAAUAGACCAAUUCGGUGAUGUUUGUUUACAUCCGGUCACGUGACAUGAGUUUGAUAUACCAUGGAAAAUAUUUGAGUGCGAUCAGUGUGAAAGUAUAGGAAAAAGUAAUUUUAUGGUUUUUUAAAACCCCCCACACCCCACUGUUAACGCGAGAAAUAUAUCGCAAGGAAAGUCAAUACGAUUGUUGAGAAUAGUUUUUAUUUACUUAUCUUAGCCUUGUAUGCUUUAAAAUUUAAGAGAUUUCUUAAGCCUUAAAAUCGUAGCAUAGUUCCUAAACAGGCUGUAUUUGCAGUGGCCUAGACCUAACAUUUGUCGAAAAAUCUCAAUGUUUGCGGCUAUUAUCUUUUAGAGCAUUAGCAAUAUCCACGUAAUCACUGCUGUGACGCCCAUCGCCAGAACACUCCAUUAAAUCGAGUUAACUGAAAAAACACACAUGCACUUUUGGUGGAAGCCUACGCAGCUUUGUACUUUCUGACGAGAGAAAAUGUGUUUAUAUUUUGCAAAGUAACAAUUAAAGAAUCGUUUGAGGUUAAUUAAUUACUCAGUGUAAUAUAUUUUUUAUUUUUAUGUUAUUAUAAAUCCAUUUGAGAAGCACUGCCCUAGGUACUCUUUUCCUUUGAUCAUUAUCUGCAACAUCGUCAGGGCCACCUGGGGAUUUUCUUAAUUGCAGUACGCAUAAUUCAGCAUUACCAAUCUCUUUCAGAUCAUGUACUAUUAUUGAGUGAAGAGAGGUAAACAGAUAGUGUUCUGUAUACCAGCUUUUGCUGUCAAAAUUUGAAUUUGCUUAUAGAUUUAACAACUAUUACCCCAUGCAUGAAAAGUUCUAUGAAAUAUUGUUCUCUGUCACUGCCGUAUAUAUUGUGACAUGGAAUGUUUUCUGACAGUGGAACGCACCUUAAAAAAAAAACAGACAAAUAUUUUUGGUGCUUUAAUUUAUUCUGCAAAGAAGCCUCCACUAUUGAACAUCUUAGUAAUGAUAAAUUAUAUACUUUUUAAUAAUAAAGAUAACAAUAAAGUAAUAAUAUUUAUACAUUUUUUAUAAAUAAAAUAUUUUUCAAUAUUUCAUGGCAUUAAAUACAUUUAACUGAUUUUGAUAGCAAUAUUACCAUGACAUGAAUGCUUUUUCACUUUAUUAGAUCAUGUAGGUAUAAAAUUUGAUACUUCAUAAUGUCAAUGAAUAGAUAUUCAGAUAUAUGCAAAUUUAAUCCAGAUAUCAUUUUAUAAAAAUCAAUCAUUAUAUCCCACCAUGCAAUGGCAAACAACUGAAGCAAGAUUCUCCAAAUUGAUGUUGAUUCGACAAGCUCUCUAAUUAAACUAAUCUAACUUGCCAAAUUGUAUUGAAAAAAUGGUUUGAUGGUCCGUAGUCAACAUACAAUUUUUUUUUUGAAUUAUCACUCUUCCACACCAAUAGUCAUUACUAUUGUCUUGAUAGUUAUAAAUAAUAGACAACCAACACAAGAAAAGUGUUGGAUCACCAACAUGUUUUAGAUACGAAAAGCACAGGAAUAUCAUAGUUAUCAAUUAUGAAAUAAAAAAAAAAUAUGCAUAAAUUA